AUGACCAGCAAAAUUGAAAUUUUCCUACUAUUUUUUUCGUACACCUCGAUUUCUGCCACUUCUUCUACUUGUCCCACAGGCUUCACCCUAUUAACAAACGGAAAAUGUGUCAAAUAUUCAUCGGGAGUUACGACAACUCACAUAAAUGCGAUGGCAAAUUGCCAGGCUUUUGGUGGUGACACCAAAUUGGUGUCCGUCUCCAACGCCAUCGACAACACGGCGAUUCUACAAUUGACGACGGGCGCGAUUUGGUUGGGUUUGAAGUGUUCGGGCACGAAUUAUUGUGUUUGGGAGGAUGGAACGGGUGAGUGCGGGAUGCGGAAGCGGAAGCGGAAAGAGCGCGGAAAAUUUGCGAUUUUUUGACAUCAAACAUGAUAGGGUUUGGGAGAAUCCACGUGGCACAUUUUAAGCCUGGAAUUUGAGGUCUAGAAAUCCACGUGGCAUCCGAAUUUCAGCCUUGAAGUCUGGAAUUUCACGCGUCACACUUUCAUCUUUGAAAAGUGAGCUCUGAAAAUCCACGUGGCAAAUCUCCAGCCUGGAAUUUAUGGUCUGAAAAUCCACGUGGCACAAUUUCUUGAGCUCGAAUUCGAAGCCUGAAAAUCCACGUAUCAACAGAAUCUUGCAAGCUUCAAGAAUCCACGUGGCACAUUUCCAGCCUGGAAUUUCAAGUCUGAAAAUUCGCGUGGCACAUUUUCAGCCUGGAAUUUUCAGUCUGGAAAUCCACGUGGCACAUUUUAAGCUUGAAAUUUCAGGUCUGAAAAUCCACGUGGCAAAUUUUCGGCCUGAAAUUUAUGGUCUGAAAUUCCACGUGGCAUUUUCCAAACCCUAUCAAAUUUGGUCUCAAAAAACGCCAAAUUUCCAGCCCUCCUCAAUUCCAGUGCUGAAAAUCCACGUGUCUACCCCCGAAUUUCCAGCCUUCACCUACUCGAACUUCAUCACCGGUCAACCCUCAACAAACAUCGGAAAUUGCGUGAUGAUGUUGUCAAAUGGCCGUUGGUCGUCGGCAGAUUGCGAAGCCUACAGCCUGAAUUACGUGUGUCAGCAGAAUUCGCAAACCUCCUCGGGGUGCUCACUGAAAUCCUAUGUGUCUGGAGAUCAGGGAACUCUGACUUCCCCGAACUUCCCCGGAUCAUAUAUCGGGACACAAGAUCAACAAUGUAAUUUUAUCAUAACUUCGAGUUCCACGUGGAAUCAAGUUCAAAUGGCCGUGCAAUUCCCGAUUCUCCAACUCGACACCGGUUCAGAUAUCAGCAUCUACAAUUCAGAAUCGGAUUCCCUGCCCUCCGUAGUUCUCACCUCAAAAUCGACCGCCGAUGGAACAUGGUACUACUCAACAGGUUCUACAAUCCGAGUGCAAUUCAAUAAGUGCACGGGAACCUGUGAUUCCAGUCAAGUCCACUUAUGGGAACUCAACUAUCGCGCAUCAAAUCUAGUUCCCACCACCCAGAACCCGAUUUCGAAUGGUGGGUGCAAUGCGGGCACCCUGAAUGCUCCCGGGGUGAUCUAUUCGCCCAAUUACCCGUCGCUGUACCCGAAUAAUUUGGAUUGCUCAUAUUAUUUGGUGGCUCCGCAGGGUUAUGGGUGAGUUUGGGAAGAUAAAUUCAGAGUUCCCAAAAAUCCUCAAAAGGUAACCUGAACUUAAUUUCAGGAUCGAAAUCCUGUUCCUGACCAUCGACACCGAACAUUGCUGUGAUAUAAUCGUAAUCCACGACGGUCAGACCACCGAACUCGGAAGACUUAGCGGGUAUUACCAGCCGAAUACUCAGAGCUUCAAAUCGACGACAAAUUCGAUGCUCGUCACUUUCAGCACCGAUUCCAGCGGUCAAAAAAGUGGAUUUCAGGCCAGAUUUUCGGUUUAUCAAUUGUAAAUUUGUGUGCAUUUUUCAUUUUCUUAUCAUUUUGUGUGCUCCGCAAAAAUCAAUGAAACUUUAUUUCCUGAUUUUAAUUUUUCUCAACUUCCAAAUCAUUUUUUGCCUUGAAAAUUGCACCCAAGUUGGUGGAACUUGUGUGAUUUUAUCCAGCAAGAAAUCAAAUCGACCGAAUGCCAGAAAACAUUGCGAAGAGUUGGGUGGAAGUUUGGUGACUAUACGGAAUUCUAUAGUGAGUUAUGACGUGGUGAAUUUGAGAGUGAGCUCAAGCCUAAGCACAAGUCGCGGAGAGCGCUCGGGGCUUAAGCUUCAGCUCAAGCCUAAGCCCGGCCGCUUCGCGGGAGCUUGCGAUCUACACUCGCACAGAGCGCUCGAGGCUUGGGCUUCUGCCUGUACGAGAGCCUGAGUCCUGGCCUCGGCCGAAACCCAGGCUUCAAGUCUAGGCCGACCGCAUCGCCGAAGUCUACACUCGCGCAGAGCGCUCGGGGGUUAGGCUUCCGCCUGUACCAGAGCCUGAGCCCUGGCCUCGGCCGAAACCCAGGCUUCAAGUCUAGGCCCGGCCGUUUCGCGGAAGCUUGCGGUCUACACUCGCGCAGAGCGCUCGAGGCUUAGGCUUCCGCCUGUACCAGAGCCUGAGUCUGGCAAAAGCUUGGGCCAAAACUCAGGCUCCAAGUCUAGGCUUCUGCCUGUAAAGGACCUGAGUCCGGAAAACGAUUGGCCUAAACUCAGGCUACAAGUUCAGGCUGGCCGCUACGCGGAAGCUUGCGGUCUACACUCCCGGCAAAGCCGCUCGACCUUGCCACGUCACAACAAACAUAUUUCCAGGACAACUCAGCAAUCCUACAAUUCCUCUCGAAUUCCUCCUCCGGAAUCUGGCUCGGUCUCACAUGUCACACCAACAAAUCGCCCGAAAAAUGCACAUGGGAUUCAGAUGGCUCUGCAGCGAGUUACAAUAACUUCCUGCCCGGUUAUCCAGUCACCAACAUCGGCUCUUGUGUAUAUUUCGACCCGCCGAAUCAACCACUCAAAGGGAAGUGGAUAAGUGCCACGUGUGAUGUGGAAGAGUUAUUGUAUCUUUGUGAAUGA